UUCUGUUUGGAGAACCGUUUGACUAUAAAAGAUAUCAGCAAAUAUUGGACGUUUGUUCACUUCAGCCAGACAUAGAUAUUCUGAUGGCCGGUGAUAACACUGAGAUUGGAGAGAAGGGCAUAAAUCUAAGUGGAGGUCAGAAACAACGAAUAAGUGUAGCACGAGCCUUGUAUAGCCGAACAGACAUAGUCAUAUUGGAUGAUCCACUAGCCUCCCUAGACGUUCAUGUCGGUGCCCAUCUCAUGGAAAACGGAAUAGUUGAGUUUUUGAUGGAAGAAGAGCGAACAGUAAUUGUCGUGACACAUCAUUUACAGUAUUUAUGUCACGCUGAUCAGGUUGUCGUCAUGGAUGAUUGCACUGUUGCUCGUCAAGGUGAUUUAAAGGAAAUUCAAAAGCACAGUCCAGAACUAUACAGCGACUGGCAAAAGUCUAUCACUGUCAUCACAGAAUCUGAUGAUAGUCAGUCAGAAGGGGAAGAUGUGAACACGGAGCGUAAACAUUUACUUGACGUCGUAAAACAACUGUCCAAUCAAAGUGUUGAUGGUAUUCAGGAAGAUGGAAAUACUCGGUGCCCUGAUUAUUCUGAUUUCUGGCUUGUCUACGCUUAUAUCAUGUGA